AUGAAGCUCACCACCGUCUUCGCCCUUGUUGCCUUUGUGCCCGCCUGCCUUGCAGCCGCCACUGGUGCCGAAAGUCCUCUUGAGAAGAGAGCCUGCCGCCCAAGCAACUGUCUCUGCAACGGAAUUCAGGGACAGUUCUGUGGUAAUGAGAAAAUCAACCGUGCCUGCACUAACGGCCACGUCUUCGAGUGUGCCAAGAGCACUGGCAAGGCCUGUGACUAUGGUGUUAGAAACUCUUGCCGCAAGUGCGGAAAGCUCAGCUGCUAG